CAGUCUUUGCAUAUUCACAGUUUCGUGGGCUUUUGCAUCAUUGCUUCUGAAUUGCUAAUGAAGAGCUCAAUAUAGCUUCUGAUGCAUUUCAGAUAUUCUGGGUGGUGACUGGCUAGAGUGUUACUGACAUCACAACAUACAGCUGUUGACUUUCUAUUGUCUCUGAGUCCUCCUCGGCAAGUGCUUUUAGACUGCUCUAGCAGGCACUCCCAAUGCCUGACUAAUCAGCUGGAUGUGUGUGCGGAGAGCUCUGUAGAGGAGCAAUGCAGAGCAUCAGUUUACAGAUACUAUGGAAAGUACAUCUUCAUUAACUCUGUAUGAUGAAGCAAAUACCAAUACAAUGAAGGCCACUGAAAAGUAUGAUAUAUCUGAUCCAAGACAGUCUAUUCCAGUCCAGAAAUCUACAGUGGUGACAAGGACAUGGGACUCCUCCUGCCAGAUUACAACUGGUUCAAUACAAUUGACAUCCUGGCUGACAACUGUGAAAAGGAACCUUGGGUUAUUUUAUUUCAUUUUUGUGGGACACCACAAUCCCAAAUCCAUAUUACACAUCAGGCUUCAAGCUCCCUGUAGAAUUCGAAAAUAACCUUUGCUAAUGAGGAUGUCUGAUACUGUUACUAUAAAAGAUGAAACUGAAACAAUGAAGGAUUUGGAGGCAGAAGUGAAAGAUACAACCAGAGUUGAAAAUCUUAUCAAAUCAGAAAACUAUGGGAAGAUUUUGGCAGAGAAGAAUGAACGUUGUAUUGACAACAAUAUUGAUUUGCAGCGGCCAUUGCAGUCAUUUGGACAGACAGGAAAAAGGUCUAAGUCAAGCUCAAAGUUAAAGCUAGUUCGGAGCCUUGCAGUGUGUGAAGAAUCUCCACCACCCCCUGCAGCAGAGAUAUCACAGGAGAACCAGGAGAAAAUUCAGAUCCAGUUAACACAAUCAUUUGAAAAAGAGGAGAAGCCCUCAAAAGAUGAAGCAGAAAAAGAAAAGGCCAGUGAUAAGUUGCCCAGAAAAAUGUUAUCAAGAGAUUCCAGUCAAGAAUACACUGAUUCAACUGGCAUAGAUCUACAUGAAUUUUUAGUAAAUACAUUAAAAAACAAUCCCAGGGACAGAAUGAUGCUGCUAAAAUUGGAACAAGAAAUUUUAGAUUUCAUUGGUAAUAAUGAGUCGCCACGUAAAAAAUUCCCCCCCAUGACAUCUUACCAUAGGAUGCUAUUACACAGAGUAGCCGCUUACUUUGGAUUAGACCACAAUGUUGACCAGAGUGGGAAGUCGGUCAUAGUAAACAAAACUAGCAAUACUAGAAUACCUGAUCAGAAAUUUAAUGAACAUAUUAAGGAUGAUAAAGGUGAAGACUUUCAGAAACGAUAUAUCCUCAAGAGAGAUAACUCUAGCUUUGACAAAGAUGAUAACCAGAUGAGAAUACGUUUAAAAGAUGACAGAAGAAGCAAGUCUAUAGAAGAAAGAGAAGAAGAGUACCAGAGAGCUAGAGAUCGAAUAUUUUCCCAAGAUUCCCUGUGUUCCCAAGAGAAUUAUAUUAUUGACAAAAGACUCCAAGACGAGGAUCCUAGUAGUACCCAGCAGAGGCGCCAGAUAUUUAGAGUUAAUAAAGAUGCUUCAGGGAGAUCUACAAAUAGCCAUCAAAGCAGCACUGAGAAUGAGUUGAAGUACUCAGAACCACGACCAUGGAGCAGCACAGAUUCAGAUAGCUCUUUCCGAAACCUGAAACCUGCCGUAACCAAAGCCAGCAGCUUCAGUGGAAUCUCAGUCCUGACAAGAGGUGAUAGUUCUGGAAGCAGCAAAAGCAUAGGCAGGCUUUCAAAAACAGGUUCUGAGUCUUCUGGUAGUGUAGGGUCAUCUACAGGCUCUCUUUCUCACAUCCAGCAGCCUCUUCCAGGUACAACUCUCAGCCAGUCUUCUCAUGGCGCACCUGUCGUCUAUCCAACUGUCAGCACUCAUAGUUCUCUUUCCUUUGAUGGUGGCCUAAAUGGGCAAGUCGCAUCUCCUAGUGCUAGCUUCUUUUUGCUUCCCUUGGAAGCGGCAGGCAUACCACCUGGCAGUAUUCUGAUCAACCCACAAACAGGCCAGCCCUUCAUAAAUCCAGAUGGGAGUCCGGUUGUGUAUAAUCCUCCUAUGACUCAACAACAAGUUAGACCCCAAGUGCCUGGACCUCCACAGCCACCUCUGCCACCCCCACCACCUCAGCAACCAGCAGCUAAUCACAUUUUCUCACAGCAGGAUAACCUUGGGUCUCAGUUUAGCCACAUGAGUCUUGCCCGCCAGCCAUCCGCUGAUGGUUCUGACCCUCAUGCCACCAUGUUCCAGUCUACUGUUGUUCUUCAGUCCCCACAGCAGUCUGGUUAUAUCAUGGCAGCAGCCCCUCCACCACAUCCUCCGCCACCACC